UCAGUGAGGUGUUUAUAAAAAAAAAUUUUGUAUUGACGAACGAAAAUCUCUAAAAAUUACGAUAAAAACAACGAAAAUAGCAAGAAAAUUAAGUGAAAUUUUAACAAAAUAAAGUCUGCUAAAAUGGCAGACAAGUUUUCCUAUCAAAGGACAGUGCAAAGUUUGGCAAGGGUGCUGGCACAGAUAAAACCAACGCCCUGGGAAAAGGUUCAAGCAUUAUUUCGCUAUUGCCCCCAAGAAAAUGCUGCCGGGGUAUUUUGUUUAGAUUCUCGUUCUCAAGAUGCUGUUAUAGCCUUGGGUUUGUAUUUCCUGGAGAGUGGCUGUCAACAUGAGGAUCGUAUUGUACCGUAUUUAUUGAGACUGGCCAAGUGUUUACCGAAAGCUGUCUGGGUGGAUGAUGGCAAAUGGAGUAAAAGUGAUAGAAUCCCCUCCGCCGAAAAAUUCAGUUUCUGCUUAAACACUUUACUCUCUGACAUUGUAGUGAAAUGUCCCGAUUUGCGCGAGGAAGUCAUAUUAAAUCAAGUGGAAACUUUGGGUGCUCUCGCCAAUAUCAUCAAAUCCAGCAAAGAAAGUAGCUCUGCUCCACCACCCAUUAUAUUAUGCAAGGCCACCGUACCCUUGCUGUUCGGUUUGGCCAGAUCUAUGGGACGCUAUGCUUCCCAUGAUCCUCCAUUGCUAUGUCGCAUAUACCCCCGCGAAGAAAUGCCCGUAGUAAGACCCAAUUCACGUGAGGGUGGCAGCUACAGUUCUAGCGAACGUAUAGCAUUCACACAAUUUCGCCCUAUUAUACCGCGCUCCAUGUCGGGUAGUUUGAGUCAGGAUUCCAAUGAAAUACGUAUGCGUCAGAUAUCGGUUAUAGCGAAUUUGAAUAAACAUAAACCCCAACUACACACCUAUUUCUCGGUACCCUAUGAUCCACGCACACAUUUCUUUACACGCUAUGGCUCCAGUUUUAAUCAGUUUCCCAAUAUGCGUGUCUCCGAUACACCCACUAAAACCCAAAAACCCGUUAUAAUGCCACCAUUUCCCAUACAACAUUUGCAAACCAUCUUCUCGGUGGCUAAAAAACUGCUAACCAAAGAAACUCUCGAACAUUUGGACGAACAGGCCAGUGAUAUCUUUGCUUUGCAUCAAAUAAAAGGUUAUUGCUAUAAAAGUUUUUCGGAAACCUUAAAUCUAGUAUUGGUCACUUUGUUGCGUGAAAUUCUACAGCAUCAAAUUGACCUGCCGGCACCUUUCACCAAAGAUGUACAAGAAUUUGUUAAGCGUUUGUUUUUGAAUGGUCAAACGGAAUUGCAAAACAAACAACAGGAUCAAGAGCGUGAGAAGAGGGAAGAGAAUGGUAUUCCGGUGGUGAAUAAGUAUAAAGUUAAUGUCAUGGCUAAUGCGGCCUGUGUGGAUUUGUUGGUUUGGGCCAUACGCGAUGAGACGGAGGCCGACAAGUUGUGUGGUCGCCUAUCGCAAAAACUCAACUCCCAACUAUCCCACAAGAUUGUUAUGGAUCAUAUGCCUUUGCUAAUGGUGUGCCUAGAAGGUCUAGGCAAAUUGGCCCAGAAAUUUCCCAAUAUUGCUAAUACAUCAAUAUCUUACUUAAGAGAUUUCCUAGUUGAUCCCAGUCAAAUAUUGGCCAAACUACAUGCUCACUCGCAGCAGUUGAUGGCUUUGCAGAAAAAGGAGAAAGAAGUGACACCCUUUAAAAUAGUGGUGCAAAGCAGUGAAUCCCGCUCCACGGUGGAUAUAUUUGGAGAGAGUAAGAAAUAUGCUCCUUUAAGAACCGGUCAAGCAGCUUUUGAGGCUUUAAGAGAUGCUGCCAUUGAAAAUUUGAGCAUUGCUUUGAGAGCAGCCCAGCCAGUGGAUCAGUUUUGUGUGCCCGCUUUGGUGGCGAAUGUCUCAAAUCGUUUGUUUACCGCCGAAAAACAUGAAUCAGAAUCUACCUUGGUUAGCUUGAAUAUUAUUGUGAUGUUGGGUCAUGUGGCCGUAGCUUUGAAGGACACCUCCAAAACUACCCAAAAUAUUUUGCAGUUUUUCAUACAACGUUUUUGCAAAGUCCCCUCCGAACAAAACGCCCUAAUUGUCGAUCAAUUGGGCUGCAUGAUCAUUUCUCAGUGUGAGACGCAUGUCUUUGAUGAGAUCAUGAAAAUGUUUUCACGCGUUACCGUACAAUCGGCUUCACUGGCGUAUACCUCGGAUCCGGAGCACCGCAAACAAUUCUUUAGUGUUUCGGAUGCUGUAGUCAAUGCUCUGGGUAAUAUUGCGGCUAAUAUACAAGGUGACGACGAGAAAUUAGAACUGUUGGGCAAAUUGCUAGAACUCUUUGUACAAAUCGGUCUUGAGGGAGAGCGUUCCUAUGACAACACGCCUGGGGCGCCCAAGGCUAGCUCUAGUGCCGGUCAUUUAGGUAUGCUAAUACCAGUAAUUGCUGUGCUAUUGCGACGCCUGCCGCCCAUAAAAAAUCCUCGCUUGCGUUUGCACAAACUAUUCAAAGAUUUUUGGGUUUACUGUGUGGUCAUGGGUUUUACAAACGCUCGUCUCUGGUCACCCGAGUGGUACAUGGGAGUUCAGCAAAUUGCAGCCAAGUCGCCACUAUUGAUUUCACAAACUACCCACAAGUCCGAUAUGCGUGAGCUGAAUUACACCUCGGCCAUUAAGAGUGAUUCGGUUAGUUUGAAUGAAUUGCGCAGUCAAAUAUUAUUGUUGCUGGAGCAUCCUGCAGCCGAGGUAUCAGCCUGUAUUAAUAAAUUGACCUUUGCUCAAUGCACCUAUUUGUUGAGUGUUUAUUGGUUGGAAAUGUUGCGUGUGGAGAAUGCCGAAGAGCCCAGUUUGGAGCCGAUUCUGACGUAUUUGUGUGAUCCGGCUUUGCAAAAGGAUAAAUCGGGCAUAUGGCAGUGUGUGAAAUGUGUGGCUGAUCAAGUUUUUGAGAAAUUCCGCAAUGUUUUGUUUACCCGUGAUGAAAUACGCGAAAAAGUUUUGGAAUCCCAGGCCACUUUGCUGUUGGUGUAUUUCAAUCAUAUACACAAACAAAUACAAGUGGUAGCCGAUCAAUAUCUGUCACAAUUGGUGGAUAAAUUUCCCCAUUUAUUGUGGAAUCGCCGUGUGUUGUGGUGUAUGCUGGAUAUUUUACAAUUGCUGGCCUUUUCCUUGACUUUGGAUCCCAAUGAGGAGACCCCCACUUUAAGAGUUGUUUCUACGCCUUAUACUUUGCAAUUGAUGGACUCUUUGCCUGCACGUGAAGGCCGUUUGAAGGAUUUUGCCGAUCGUUGCCAGGGCAUUGUCAACGAAGCCAUGAAAUGGGCUCCUCGUUCUACCAAAUCUCAUUUGCAAGAAUAUCCCAAUCAAAUACCCACCCACGUAUUGGCUCAUCAUAGUGGCUUGGCUUUAGCAUUUGAUUCUGUAGUUAGUACGAAUUCAUUCUAUCCCAAUGCUUUACCCUCCAUUAGUAAGCGACCCAAUUGUGUACGCUCGGAUACUCCCAGAUUUGUGUCGGUUUUAUGUUUGCGCAGCAAAUAUGCUGGUGAGAUAUCGGGCCUUUUGUCUGUGCUCAGUGAGGAGGAGAAGGCUGGCCUGGCUGAUCGUUUGGUCAAGGAUGUAUGGGAUGCCUGCAAGGAGAAAAGUGAUGCUAGACAUCGGGGUGCCUUGUGGAGAGCUACGGCCUAUUUGAUUAUAUGCUCGGAUAUAAAUCGUAAACUUUUGCAUGCUGUGGCCACCUCCCAAGUGGAACUAUUUACCGAAUCCGCCAUGGAAACUGCUGUGGAAUGUUGGCAAUGGGUUUUGACUGCUCGCCAAGAUUUAGAGUUGUGCUUUAUACAGGAAAUGGUCUCUGCCUGGCAGACCACUUUUGAAAAGAAAAUCGGUUUGUUUUCGGAGGAGGGGGAAAUCACCAGUCCCUUGGCCGCCUAUGAAGGUUGCAGAUUGGUGCCCAAACCCAUACUCAUUUCACCUCAUCUCGUCUGGCUGCAAUUACUCUCCGAAAUGGUGGACACUGCUAAAUAUUGUAAUCGCGAUAAAGUGGAAAUGUUUUGCCUGCUACUGCACCGUUGUCUACCCAUAGCCAAGAAUAGCAAGCAAAAUAGACAAGUGGCCACCAUAGGCUGUCGUUUUAAGUUGCUGCAAUGUGGUUUAUCUUUACUGCAGGGCAAUACUAUACCCAAAUCUUUGGCCCGCAAUAUAUUACGUGAACGCAUUUACAGCAAUGCUCUGGACUAUUUCUGCGGUCCACCCACUUGCCCCAAUCAGGGCAAAGAACAAUUACUAGAUGACAUUUUGAUAUUGCUGAAAUUCUGGCAAACCAUGCGCAGUGAAAAGAAACAUUUGGUGACCUCGGAAGUGGGUGACUAUGAUAUACCCUCGGCAACACCCAAUCACAUGUUGACGGUGAAUAAAAAUCCUGAAACUGCUUCGCUUAUAAGUACCGGAGAAAUGGGUAGAUCUUCUUCUAUAGCGGGCGCUGGAGGUGGCUGGUAUAAUACCAUACCCCACUCUACUUCAACAUUAUCCAAGAGAUCUAAUCGUUCCAAACGUUUGCCCUACCAAAAGGAUUCUUACGACAAAGACUAUAUGAAAAAGCGUAAUUUGAUUUUGGAGUUAUUGGCGGUGGAAAUAGAAUUUCUAAUAACCUGGUACAAUCCCAAUAGUAUGCCUGAUUUGGCCAUACCCGGCGAAGAACAAAUUACCGAAUGGCGUAAUCGUCCCUACAAGGUAAAUGUCUGGCGUGAUUAUGCCCGUUUGGCCUGGACCUACAAUCCCGCCCUGGCAGUCUUCCUACCCUCACGCAUUAAGAAUGCCGAAUCCAUAGAAGAAGAGGUAACACGUUUAGUGUGUGCUGAUCCCAUAGCAGUGUGCGAAAUACCCGAGGCCCUUAAAUAUCUGGCCACUACCAAGAAUUUACUACAAGAAAGUCCGGAUCUAAUGUACAUACUCGCCUGGUCUCCCGUCAAUCCCAUUCAAGCUCUUUCGUAUUUCUCUCGACAAUAUCCCUCACAUCCCUUAACAGCCCAAUACGCAGUCAAAACAUUGAAUUCCUAUCCCGCAGAAUCGGUUUUACCUUACAUUCCACAAUUGGUACAGGCCUUAAGACACGACACCAUGGGCUAUGUCUCCGAGCUCAUUAAGAACAUUUCCAAGCGCUCACAAAUUGUGGCCCAUCAACUAAUCUGGAAUAUGCAGACCAACAUGUACAUGGAUGAGGAUCAAUUGCAUAAAGAUCAAUUUUUGUAUGAUGUCCUGGAUGCUUUGAGUCUAAAUAUUAUAUCAUCCUUUUCGGGUGCUGCCAAACGUUUUUAUGAACGUGAAUUUGAUUUCUUUGGCAAGAUAACCUCGGUAUCGGGUGAAAUACGUUCGUAUCCCAAAGGUCCCGAGCGUAAAAAUGCCUGUUUGGCGGCUUUGAGUAGAAUUAAAGUGCAAUCGGGUUGUUAUUUACCCUCCAAUCCGGAGGCCAUGGUCUUGGAUAUUGACUAUAACAGUGGUACGCCUAUGCAGAGUGCAGCCAAGGCUCCCUAUUUGGCCAGAUUCCGGGUGUAUAGAUGUGGCAUAACGGAAUUGGAAACCAGAGCCAUGGAGGUGUCCAAUAAUCCGAACUCCCAAGAAGAUGCCAAAAUGACGUUGGGUGUUGAGUCCUGGCAGGCGGCCAUUUUCAAGGUGGGCGAUGAUGUACGUCAGGAUAUGUUGGCUUUGCAAGUGAUAACCAUAUUCAAAAACAUAUUCCAACAAGUUGGUUUAGAUCUUUUCCUGUUUCCCUAUCGUGUGGUGGCUACAGCUCCUGGAUGCGGUGUCAUUGAGUGUGUGCCAAAUGCCAAGUCUCGCGAUCAAUUGGGCCGACAAACCGAUUCCGGUCUCUACGAAUACUUCCUGCAUCAAUAUGGCGAUGAAAGUUCCAGAGAAUUCCAAGCUGCUCGUGCCAAUUUCGUUAAAUCAAUGGCUGCCUAUUCUCUAAUUGGUUAUUUGCUGCAAAUCAAGGAUCGCCACAAUGGCAAUAUAAUGAUAGAUAAAGAUGGCCAUAUAAUUCAUAUAGAUUUUGGUUUCAUGUUCGAAUCUUCACCGGGCGGUAACAUAGGCUUCGAACCCGAUAUGAAACUAACCGAUGAAAUGGUCAUGAUUAUGGGUGGCAAAAUGGAGGCACCCGCCUUCAAAUGGUUCUGUGAAUUGUGUGUGCAGGCCUUUUUGGCCGUACGACCCUAUCAGGAUGCCAUUGUUUCCUUAGUCUCCCUAAUGUUGGACACUCAUCUACCCUGCUUCAGAGGACAAACCAUAAAUUUACUGAAACAACGUUUUGUUUCCACGAAAAACAACAACGAGGCUGCUGCUCAUAUGUUGGCCGUCAUACGUAACUCUUAUCAAAAUUUCCGUACACGCACCUACGAUAUGAUACAGUAUUAUCAAAAUCAAAUACCGUAUUAAAUAAUAUUAUAUACAUAUGUUAUCAGUAUUCUAAACAUGAUGCUGUAAGCGUAAUUUGUCUUUCCUAAUUAAAAAAAGGGUGCUUAUGAAUUUUAUUAAAAUUUUUAUUGAAAUUAAUAUUCAAAAUCUGUGUUUAAUAUAAGUUUAAUUUCAUUAUUUGUUUCUUUAUCAGUUUAUGUUAUUAAAAUAUUGCAUAAUUUUAAAAAAAUAUUUGAAAAAUAUUUAAAACUAUUUUUUAGCUUAAGUUAGUUUUUGUUCCAUUUAAUUUUAAACAUAUACAUAAUUGUUGUUGUAUUUAUUAUUUAUGGUGUAAUUUUUAAACAUAAAAUAUUAAUGAAUUUUAAAUAAAACUUAAUGUUAUAGUUAAAUAU